CCCAGCAGAAAAGGACAAAGAAAAGGGGAGAAAAGAAAAAACUCAUUUCAGUCAUAAACCCUACAAAUCCCCGGAAGAAACGAAUCCCGGAUUUUCUAGACUCUGCUUCUCACUCUCUCCAUCUUCACGACGAGACGAUGAGGAGCGUAAUCUCGGGCGCGAAGCUCGCGGCUGCGGCGGCGAACAGCAUGCGGCGGCCAUGGCCUGGGGCGGCGGCUCGCGGGUACGGGCUGAUCCCGAUGGUUAUAGAGCACUCCUCCCGAGGCGAGCGAGCCUACGACAUCUUCUCCCGCCUCCUCAAGGAGCGCAUCAUCUGCAUCAAUGGCACCAUCUCCGACGACACCUCCCACGUCGUUGUCGCCCAGCUCCUCUUCCUCGAGUCCGAGAACCCUUCCAAACCCAUUCACAUGUACAUCAACUCCCCCGGUGGCCAUGUCUCUGCAGGUCUUGCAAUAUAUGACACAAUGCAGUACAUUCGGUCACCAGUCAACACCACUUGCUUAGGUCAAGCUGCAUCAAUGGGCUCUCUUCUUUUAGCUGCUGGUGCCAAGGGUGAGAGGCGAUCGCUGCCUAAUGCAACAAUUAUGAUUCAUCAGCCUUCUGGUGGUUACAGUGGGCAGGCAAAAGAUAUGACGAUUCACACAAAGCAGAUUGUUCGGGUUUGGGAUGCCCUCAAUGAGCUAUACUCAAAGCACACAGGCCAGACAAUCGAUAUAAUUCAGAAGAACAUGGAUAGAGACUACUUUAUGACCCCCCAAGAGGCAAAGGAUUUUGGGAUAAUUGACGAGGUUAUUGAUCAAAGACCAGUGGCUCUUGUAACUGAUGCUGUUGGUAUUGAAGGCAAAGAUAAAGAUAAAGAUAGAGGCUCCAAUAAACAUUAGAGGGUAAGAUCUUGGCGUGGCAGAUCGCUGCUUUUGAGUUUAAUCUUGACUUUGUUAGAAUGUACUUUCUUUAUCUUUGGAAAAUUUGUUUUUGUCUCCUUCUAGAAUGUUCUAGCAUUUGAUUAUCUAUUGCUAUUUAUAUUUGACCUUUGUUUGGGUUCAUUCUUAUGAAACUAAUGUUACCUCCUCA